AUGGACACGAUUCGAGGAAUGAUCGACAAGGUAAGCAACAAGUCCAAGACCAAUGAUGAGCACUCAAGAUCCGGCCCGGACACAAGCUCAGCCUACCGCUCUUCUGAUGCUGGUGGAGAGCCCGAUGUCGGGACGAAAAGCUAUUCACGUGACACGGGCGUUUCACGAGAUGAUUGGGAUGACCGUCGCAAAGAUGACUCGUCUUCAUCUUACUCGUCUCAUGCUGACGGAGGCGGUAGAUACUCGACCGGGUCAAGUGCUGCAGUGUCGGGUCUCGGCGCCGAGAGAAGCUUAUCGGGCAACUCGGGACGUGACUAUAAAUCACACUCUUCGACCAUGAGCGGGGAAGAAAAUCCAUCGACCACGACGGCAACUGACAGCGACAGUUAUUUCGGCUCGGCUCGUCACAACAGUUCCAAGGAGCACUUGCGAUCGUCAGACAAUGACGAUAACGGACAAUACUCGAAGUACUCAAGCCGGACUGCGGAGGCCAACGCCGGAGAUGACGAGAUCGAUGAAAUGAAUGAUGUCCACGGUAGGCGCGGGACGUAUGGACACUCGAUCCGUUAG